UGUUUAGCGUGUGAUGCUGGUUACUUUGGAAUCGACUGCAGAAAUAUGUGCAGUAAUUGUUCAGGUCAAUGUGAAGGCAAAGACGGCAAAUGUACCAGUUGUGCAACUAAAGGAAAAAAACUUCCAUAUUGUACAGAAGGUAUGCAAACUUAUUUUGACAAAUCUAGCCUCGACACACAUUUUAAAAGACUCAAAGGUCACAUAAAAAGUUAAUGAAUUUUUAAACAUAAAACCAUCCAUAAUUGAUAUGUAGAAACGACAUUUACAACUGAAUAUAUUGCGUUAAAGAAAGGUUAUUAUAGUUACUUAGAAGCAUGAAACGGGUGAAUCGAACUUUAAAAGUGAAGAUUUUUUUUUUAAAGUGUUUAUACUAUAAUGCUUAAAUAUUUAACAAUACUAUCUUAAUUAUACAUAUAUUUUGCAUGAAUACACUUUUUACUGUAGUUUUUUGGAUUAUAUAGUCCUAUAAAACAUAAUUUAUUCAUUAACUAAUAUUUCCGGUAAAAAAUAACUAACUUUCUAAGAAAAAAACACACUGCUUACUUAAAACGCUUUUAACUUUUUAAACUGAAAACAAAAAAAAAUAGUUUCCUAAAUCAAAAAGACAUUAUAAAAUAUUUUUUACAUAAAAGGUUAGCUUUUUUUCUAGUUAAUAAAAUUGUGUACAGUUAAAACAUUAUUAGUAUAAAUCUAACCCCACAAAAUGAAAGUAUUAUUUUUCGUAUAUUUUUAUGUAAGAAGACAGUAUUUAUUUUUGAACGCAUUUAGCAAAGUUUCUACUUCUUCAGGUUGUGAUCCUGGUUUCUAUGGGAGUGACUGCAAGUCAAACUGUUCAGAAAAUUGUUCUCAAACUGGGUCUUAUUGUGACGUCAUAGAAGGGAAAUGUUUCGAGUGUAAGCCUGGUUUCUACGAAUCCUAUUGUACAAAAUCUUGUUCACCCAACUGUAAAGAUUUAUUUUGUAAUAUUACAAAUGGUAAAUGUUUUAGUUGUAAAUCCGGAUACUAUGGAAACAUAUGUUCCAACGAAUGUUCCAACAAUUGUAAAGACUCUAUUUGUGAUAUCAACUCUGGGAACUGUACCAACUGCAACCCUGGUUUCUAUGGCGCUAAAUGUACCACAUCUUGUCCCACCAACUGUAAUGAUACAGUCUGUGAUAUCAACUAUGGUAUUUGCAUUCGUUGUAAGGCUGGCUUCCAAGGUGAUAAGUGUGAUGAAGGUUAGUAAAAAUAUGAAUAGAAUAAAUCUAAACAAAUUGUAUAUAGUUAAAAUAAAAAAGAAGAAAAAAUGUUGAACAUUUCGUUUACAAUACAAUACCAUUUAAUUGGGCUCAUAUAUUAUUUAAUAACUUUCAAUGUUUUAUCUCUUUUUAAAAUCUAUUUAAAAUCAUGAAUGAACAAGACUCUUUGUUUUAAAUUUAUUUAUUUGAAGUGAUAGUAAAAUUUACUUUAUCUUCACAGAAUGCAGUUUCUCCACUUAUGGUGAAAGUUGUAAAGCCAAUUGUAGUUCAAACUGUAACACGAAUUCAACAGGAGCUCGAAUAUGUGACAAUGAAAAUGGUCGAUGUUUAAAUGGAUGUCGAAGUGGAUUUGAGGGACUUGACUGCGCAAAAUGUGAGUUGAUUUGA